GUUGACGUAAAGGCGGAAGUUGCUUGUUUUGAUUGCUUUACAUCUCACCCCAUGUGUUGUCGCUGUAACGGUCUGUGGAGCUUCAGAGGACCAUGUCGGGGUUCAGCGCGGAGCUCAUCGACUACUUGGAGGGUCGCAUUACAUUUGAAGAGUUUGACAGAAGACGGGAUGAGAGAAAAGCAAAGGAGUCUGCGCUCUCUGCUGUAGAUGUGAAAGAUUAUGAUGAUGAUGCUCAGCCUUCUACCUCAGCACACGUCUCAGCAAGGACACAAGAAGAGGGCGUAAGUCCAAGUGUCCAACUGGUGUUUGACUCCAUGCUGGGAGAAACCUCACAAACCGUCUCUUCUGGAGAGGAAGAGGAGGACGAAGAUGAUGACGAUGAAGAUGACGAUGAAGAAGAGGACAGCUUGAGUUACGUUGAUGAUAAAGAUGAUGAGGAUUACAAGAUGGAGGAGGAGGAGGAGGAAAUGGUGAAGAAGGGCCCGACGGAGAAAAAGAGUAAAAAAAAAGCAGGUACGGGGAAGCAGACAGAGAAGGAGGUAGAAGACCCAACAGUUGGUGACAUCUUCGCACUGGAGAUGGAGCUCAACAGGAAAAGCAAGAAGAUCAUGAAGGAGCGGCGCCAUCGCAGUAAGCUGCCUCGAGCGCUCCGAGGCCUGAUGGGAGAAGCCAACAUCCGCUACGCCAGAGGAGACAAAGACGACGCCAUUGUGAUGUGUAUGGAGAUCAUUAGACAGGCUCCACUGGCCUACGAGCCUUUCUCCACGUUGGCCAUGAUCUAUGAGGAUGACGGCCACAUGGACAAAGCUCUGCAGUUCAGCUUGAUCGCUGCUCACCUCAAUCCCUCUGACUGUGAUGAGUGGAUCAGACUGGCAGAGCUGUCGCUGGAGCAGGACAACAUCCGCCAGGCCAUUGUCUGCUACUCCAAAGCCAUUAAGUAUGACCCAACUAACGUGCGCUACCUGUGGGAACGCUCCAGCCUCCAAAUGCGAGUUGGAGACCACAAGCAGUGCAUGGACGGCUACCGCAGGAUCCUGUCCCUGCUGCCACAGGAGGAUGGAGAACACUUCAUGCAACUGUCCAAGGACAUGGCCAAGAGCUAUUAUGAAAGUAAUGACAUGGCCUCAGCUCUGAGUGUGAUCGAGGAAGCUCUGGCACGACACCCCACGCUGGUCAGCGAUGAUUUUAUCAACAUGGCGGCUGAACUUUACAUCUCUAGUCAUCAGUACAGCAAAGCUAUGAAGGUCUUGAUCCAGUUUGCAGGUGUUACUGUGGUCAGGGAUGCACAGUCACAGGAGGUUUCUGUUAAAGAGGAUAUGACACAGGAGCAGCAGGAGAACGCGGGAGGCUCUACGACUGAAGAGGAGAACAGUGAAGUUAAAAGUAUCCAAGUUCCAGACUCUGUACCAGUGGACCUAAAGGCCAAACUGAUAGUUUGUCUCAUACAUCUCCACUCCUACACACCUGUGGAGAACCUGGUGUCAUCACUGAUGGAGCAGAGUGCAGAGGACAUUGGUGACCUGUACCUGGACGUAGGUGAGGCCUUCCUGGAAGAGGGCGAGUACAUGUCUGCUCUGCCUCUGAUGUCUGCGCUGGUCAUAUCAGAAAAGUACAAUCUGGCAGUGGUUUGGCUCCGACACGCAGAAUGUCUGAAGGCACUGGGCCACGUAGAGGCGGCAGCAGAAAGUUAUAUCAACGUGGUGAAGAUGGCCCCGCAGCACCUAGAGGCCCGGCUCACGUUGGCCACCAUACAGCAGCAGCUGGGUCGACCUGAUCGAGCUCUCAAGGCCCUGGAGUCCAUGUAUGACAGUGAAACGCUCUCACAGGACUCGUCGGCUGCACAGAAGGAACUGAAGCUCCUUCUUCAUCGGUCAACGCUGCUGAAGACUCAGGGCCAAACACAGGACUACCUGGAUGCUAUGAUAACAAUGCUCUCCAUGCUGCUGAAGGUGGCUAUGCAGCGGGCAAAAGUGUGUGUUCGUUCUGUCAUCAUCUCAGGUGAAACUCACCUGAGGUUGGUACAAGCCAGUGACACUGUGCCGGAAAUUGAUGACCAUGUCGCCGCAUAUCUGGACAAUACUGGCAAAACCAAUGUUCUGUCCAAAGAGGAUUGGUGGCAGCUGCUGGUCAGCUGUAUGCUGACCCUGAGUGAGGUGCAGCGCUACAAGGAGACUAACCUGCUGGUGGAAUCUGCCAUGGAGUUCUAUUCCUUUUAUGACAACAAGCCCAAGAGAAAGGAGCUGGAGUUUUUCGGCCUGUCUGCCACCAUCCUGGACCGCAACUACUACAAAGCCUACAACUACAUCAGGUUAAUGCUGAUUGAAAAUGUGGAUGUGCCUCAGUUGUGGAACAUUUUCAACCAGCUGACAAUGAGGUCUCAGCACCAACGUCAUCAUCGAUUCUGUCUACGUAUGCUGAUCAAACACCCAAACAACCAUGCCCUGUGUGUCCUAUGUGGGCACAACGCUAUGGUCUCAGGAAGCUUCAAACAUGCUUUGGUCCAAUACAUUCAGGCCUUCCAGAGUCACUCAGACGACCCACUGUACAGCCUGUUUGUGGGUCUCACCUUCUUCCACAUGGCUUCUCAGAAGUACGUAACCAAGCGACACGUCCUCGUGAUUCAGGGUUUUUCCUUUCUGUGGCGAUACCUGGAGCUGCGUGGAGAGUGUCAGGAGAGCUUUUAUAACCUGGGCAGAGCGCUCCAUCAGAUGGGCCUCACACAUUUGGCCAUUCAUUACUACCACAAGGCCCUGGGGCUUCCCGCUAAGAAACUGGAGGGUAUCCCUGAUGACCAGGUGGAUCUGACACGGGAGAUCGCCUUCAACCUGUCACUCAUCUAUCAGGCCAGCGGGAACAUCGAGAUGUCACGGCAGAUGAUCAACACCUACUGCAUAGUUUAAAAUUAGAUUAAAAACCACUGUUUUUCUUACUCAGUUUUAUUUCCUGUACUGUAGAAAUUUUUUUCCAGUAUUUAUUUAAUUUAAUUCUAUGCAAAUGUAAUGUACAGUUGAAGUUGUACAGCAGGGAUAUUUUUGUAUGUACAUUGUAGUUUAUGUAUAGAUUUGUAUAAUUAUGUACAAAGUAUCUGAGACUUAUAGUAGUUUUAAGUAUUUAAAAUUCACAAUAUUGUUAAAAUGCUUAUUACCAUUAGUUGUUGCUUAAGUUUGUAGAAAUAUUUGUAAAUAUUAUUUUUGUUAAAUAAAAAUAUUCAGGAAAAUACUUUAGAGUA